AUCCGCCGGUGGCCACCCCUACUUGCAUCCUUCAUAAAAUACCUCUGACAAAAUUCUUAGCGGAAAUAGCCGUCAUGUGUGCAUAAGAAAUGCAAUCCAAGAUAGGGUUUCUCUUGGCAUACACCCGAAGAUGUUCGUCCUCACGGUUCUCCCACAUCUUGUCGUACUCUGCUAGCCACGAAUUCCGAUCAGUUGGUUCACGUACCUGCCGGCGUGCUUUACUUUCAGGCGAAGAUGUGAAUUUAUGCCGUUCCCACUAUGGCGUAUCCUGGAAUUGGGAACGCCGGUUUUGUAGCUACGCAAUCGAGCAGUUCUCGGAUGAUGAAUACGAAUGCGACUAUGAGAGUCAUCUACGAGUAGCAUCAUCAUCUGUGGCCAACAUUGACGAGUGGAAAUGGAAGCUUAGCUUAUUGUUACGCGGCGAGGACCAAGAAGUUGUAUCUAGAGAUAAAAGAGAUAGGCGAGAUUAUGAGCAAAUAUCUAAUCUUGCUAAAAGAAUGGGCCUGUACAGUGAAAUAUACGGGAAAGUAGUAGUCGUAAGCAAAGUUCCUCUCCCCAACUAUAGACCAGAUCUUGAUGAUAAGCGGCCCCAAAGAGAGGUAGUCAUCCCACUAAGUUUACAAAGAAGAGUGGAAGGCUUGCUUCAGGAACAUCUGGACCGGAUCCAGCUUACUUGUGGGAAGUCAGAUGGUAAACCUAGUGAAAGUGCAUCCACUGAUAAGGUUGAAAAUGUAUCCAUGGAUGAAAAUCUGGAUUCUUUCUUAGAUGACUCUGUUAUGGAGAAGGUUCUUCAGAGGCGAAGCUUGCGCAUGCGCAAUUUGCAGAGAGCAUGGCAGGAGUCACCCGAAGGCCAUGAAAUGAUGGGUUUUCGAAAAUCUCUUCCAUCAUAUAAGGAGAAAGAAAGGAUGCUUCAAGCAAUUGCUUGCAAUCAGGUUGUGGUCAUUUCUGGUGAGACUGGAUGUGGUAAGACUACCCAACUCCCUCAAUACAUAUUGGAAUCUGAAAUUGAAUCUGGUCGUGGUGCAUUCUGUAGCAUAAUUUGUACACAGCCUCGAAGAAUAUCUGCAAUGGCAGUUGCAGAAAGAGUGGCUACAGAGAGGGGUGAACUUCUUGGAGAUUCAAAACUUUUUGAUAGGUUGGUUAUAAAGUGCGAUUGGAGGGGGUGAAAGGGAAAAAUACACAUCUUCUCUUUUGCACUAGUGGUGUUUUGCUCCGACGGCUUUUGAGUGACCACAAUCUUGAUGGAAUUACUCAUGUCUUUGUUGAUGAGAUUCAUGAGCGAGGCAUGAAUGAAGGUUGCCUUAUUGUUGCUUAGGCGGAUACCUAAUCCAUUA